UAUUUAUAUAGUCAAUUAAACACAUUAUGGAAGUCUCCUCCUUUAUUUUCACAUUUUUUCUCAUUUUCCUACCUUUACUUCUUGCGAUCGUUAAAAAUCACAAAAAAUCAAAAAAUUUGCCUCCGGGUCCAUGGAAACUUCCAAUCAUCGGAAACUUACACCAACUCGGAAUUUCGCGACCUUACAUCACACUCAAGGAGUUAUCGGAGAAACAUGGACCGUUGAUGCACCUAAAACUCGGUGAACGUUCAACUAUUGUCAUUUCUUCGUAUAAAAUACUUAAAGAAUUGAUGAAAACAAGUGACACUAUCCUCUCUCAUAGGCCCGAGCUCCUUGUCUCGGAAACCGUGGCUUACAACGGUAGAGACAUUGCUUUUGCUCCCUAUGGUGACUACUGGAAACAGAUGCGCAAAAUUUGUACAUCAGAGAUCCUCAGUACAAGAAGAAUUCACUCGAAUUAUCCUCUUAUGGAAGAGGAGAUUUCACGUUUAGUGAAAAAUAUUAAGGAGUCAUCAUCUAAAGGUACCCUAAUUAAUGUAUACAAGUGUCUCAACUCUCUCUCUUGUGCUAUUAUUUGUAGGGCUAGCGUUGGAACGACUUGUAACGAUUCGGAUUCAUUGAUAUCUACAAUAAGAAAAAUAACACCUCUAGUGGGACUUUUUAAUAUAUCGGAUUUGUUCCCUUCCCUCAAGUUUCUCGAUAGAUAUAUUACAGGAUCUAAUCAAAAGUUACUGAAAAUGCAUCAUGAAUUAUGUGAUCGCCUUCUAGAAGAAAUUGUCCACCAACACGAAGAAAGUAUUCAAAAAAAUAAUGUUGAUGAGGAAGAUCUUUUGCACCUUCUUCUAAGGCUUAGAGAGAAGGAGAGCCAAGUCCCUAUAACAAGAGAUAACAUCAAAGCUGUUAUCUUGGAUAUGUUCAUCGGUGGAACGGACACAACAUCAAUUGUAUUGGAAUGGGCCAUGGCUGAAUUAUUGAAGAAUCCAAAUAUGAUGAAAAAAGCCCAAGUUGAAGUUAGAGAGGCUUUAAAAGGGAAAAAGAAAGUUGAUCAUAUUGAUGUACAAAAUUUGAAAUACCUGAAAUUGAUUGUGAAAGAAACUCUAAGACUUCAUCCUCCAGGUCCCUUAGCUUUACCAAGAGAAUCAAUAGAAGAAAUCGCGAUUAAUGGGUAUGUUAUACCUAAUAAAACAAUAGCCUUGAUAAAUUUGUAUGCAAUGGGAAGAGAUCCUGAAUAUUGGCAUGAUCCAGAGAUAUUCAUGCCAGAUCGAUUCAAUAAUUAUGUCGAUAACGAUGUUGAUGAUGUUAAAAUGAUCAAAGGAUCAUCAAGUGUUCCUAUGGAGUUUUUGGCAUUUGGAUUUGGAAAAAGGGUUUGUCCAGGAAUGUUAUUUGGUACGGCAAGUAGUGAACUUACAUUGGCUAGAUUACUUUAUCAUUUCGAUUGGAAACUUCCUAAUGGUAUGAAUCCAGAAGAUUUAGAUAUGACUGAAAGUUUUGGUGCUGCUGCUACAAUGAAAAACAACUUGUAUUUGGUUGCUACACCAUAUGAUUAACAAGAUUUAGUCUGUCUCAGUUUAUGUGACAUCUUUUGAAUUUUGAAAGUUAAACUAUUCUGUUAUAUGUCCAGAUUGAUGGUCAAAAUUAAAAAGUUCAACUUUUGAAUUUUGCAUCAUGUCAUAAAAAAUGAGACGGAGGAAAUAAUAAGUGGACUAUUUAGUGCUUGGUAAUAAAGAAAAGUCCUUUUUUUUUCUAUUUCAA